AUGGGAGUGGACGCCUACACCCGAGCGGACCAGGCGAUGAGCGUCGCCGCCUGCGACAAGAACGCAAUCCUGCAAGAGGCCAAGGUAUUCUCUAAGGUGCCCAUAAACUCGAAGAAGUGCAUCGAAGCGCUGACUAAAAUACUCUGUGUGAUCAAUCAUGGCUAUGACCCGCUCACGGAGUCGGAAACAACCGACGUGUUCUUCGGAGCGACCAGGCUGUUCGAGUCGAAUGACGAGAGGCUCCGUCGCCUGGUCUACUUGCUCAUCAAGUCAAUACGCGUCAACGAAACUGAGAUAUUCAUCGUAACAAGCUCGCUCACGAAGGAUAUAAACUCCCCAAACCUCAUCUACCGCGCUAACGCCAUCAGGGCCAUGUGUCUCAUCGUCAAGAGCAACAUGGCAUCGCAGGUCGAGCGCUACAUAAAGUCCUCGCUGGUGGACAGAGACACGUACGUGUGCUCUUCCGCUAUACUGUUCUGCAUACGAGUUUUUCCACAGAUGCAGCAGAUGAUCCGGCGCUGGGUCGGCGAGGCUGCCACCUGCUUAACAAACUCCAAUGAGAUGGUGCAGUUUCACGGCACACUCAUGAUGUUCCUCGCUCGGCUGAACGACAGGCAGUCGCUUCGGAAGCUUGUCGCUACUUUGAGGCAGGGAAAGAUGGGAGUCCACACCGAGUGCUUCAUCAUACGGUUCGUCGCAGCCAACUUCGGCAUCAUGGAGGCGGAGUGCAUCGACCUGAUAAAAUCGGGGAUAAAGAGUAAUAAGGAGGCAGUCAGUUUGGAGGCACUCAAAGCAGUAAUAUCGUUGGCUCUUUCUCACUAUAAAACCAUCGGCAGCAUGCAGGGAUUCGCUUUCGACAUGCGGGAUGUGAUAACGAAGCUCCAGGCGAUGCUCGCAUCCAAGGACCGGACGCUGGUGUUCGCUGCCAUGAGGCAGAUAUAUCAACUUGCGCAGACUCUCCCGCUGUUGGUCAGCGUCCUGAACGGAAAGGUUGAGGAUAUGCUGAAACGCAAAAACAAGGACAUCGCGUCGCUUGCACUUCUCACGUUGCUACAAACUGGAGGUGCCGACACCAUCGAAAGGCUUCUCGCGCAGGCCACUUCCCUCUCAGGGGACUUCAAACUGGCCGUGGCGAAGGCCCUGAAGAGGCUUUGUGUCUCCUUCCCGGACAAGCACCCAACUGUCCUCAAGUUCUUUGCCACAAACUUCAGGGAUGCGGUUGAAUGCACCUUCAAAAGGGAAAUGGUUGACGCCACCAUGUACAUCGUGGAGCACAUACCCGCCGCCCAGCAGCUCGGCCUAAAGAACCUCUGCGAAUUCAUCGAGGAUUGCGAGUUCCCCGAUCUCAACGCCAAGGUGCUCAAGUUCUUGGGCGACAACGUACCGAAGGCCGAAACGCCUGAAGAGUACGUGAGGUACAUUUACAAUAGGCUGCUGCUGGAGAAUGCCACUGUGCGUGCAGCGGGCAUUGAGGCGCUGGACAAUAUCGUCAGGGAGUGCCCUGCGCUCAAACAAUCCGUCUCCAUCCUGCUGCUGCCGUGCCUCAGGGACCCGGAGGACGACCUCAGAGAAAGAGUGAACCUCACUUACACGCUCAUGCUUGUCGAUGACCGCGUGACGCUCAACAACCGCGCCCUUGCUGCUAGCACCGACGGAGAGGCCGAUUUCGAUGAGUUCGAGGCCAAAAUCAAGAACUCCGACGCGGCCAAGCAGCUGUGCGACGUCAUCCACUCAGUCACCGAACAUGGCAGUCUGAGUGGCCUCUGCGCCAAACUGCACGACUGCAUACAAAACAAGCGCGGCUACGACGAAGUCUAUGAGGACAUGGCUGAUGCCGACAUGGACACCGACGCAGGGGACGCAGCGCCAGACGCACAGGAGGCUAAGCAGCGCAUGGCACCGACCAACAGUAUGGAGGAAAUCGGCGUUUUCGAACAGGACCGCGUAGAUGAGAUAGAGACUGUCCUGCUGCCACCUGAAAUUGUGCAGCUGCUGCCCCAGGGCGUGCCAAUGGCAAUCUCUGCGACUCUGCCGCUCACCGACGAGGAGGAGGACUACAGCGUGGAGGCCAAGAUACACUCCACCGAGGGAUGCCUGGUGCUCGAGUUCAUUAUCGGAAACACGCUGUCCGACCAGAUUCUGGAUGACGUCGUCGUCAGUGUGGACUACUCGCAGUGCCUCAACGCCAACAUUUGGCAGCUGCAGACGUUUAUGCCAAUACCACGGCUAACAGUAUCGGAAAAGAAGAGCGCUUACUUAGUUAUGCGCAACGUGAUGCAAAGUGGCCUGGAUGGGCUCCCCCAAUUCGGGUUGUUGCUGGGCACUGUAAAGGUAGACCUCACUUUCGAGGCCCGGUGCGGCAGCGAGGACUCCCGGAGCUACAGAGAGAGCUACAGCGCAAAUGACAUGCACCUCGGAAUUGGACUAUACUGCGUUAGCUGGCCGAUGGAUGAGGCCGAGUUUGACCGGUCAUGGGCUGCCUGUGCCGAACUCGAGUCAUGCGCCACCUUCGGCCUCCAGUUCAAGGACAUCAAGGAAGCCGUCCAGGGUUUGCGCAGGUUCUUCGGCAACUGCUCCGUCACGCAGUGCCCCGGACCUGUAGAGCGCAUCGCAGUGCUCAACGUCGCCGGAAAGCUCUUCUCCAAGCAGGACUUCAUGGCCAAAGCCACCGUCGCCCAGGGCGACCCUAGCGGCUCUGCUCAGCUCAGUCCGCAGAAGGGCUGCAUACUUAAGCUGCAGGUCCGGACGGGCAAUAGGGACCUUGCGGACAUCAUUUUUACGCUGUUGGAGUGA